AAGGCUCCCCCACUUGAGCCUUUUGUGUUUCCCUCUUCCAUUUUCCAAAAAAACCAGACGACAGAAAAUCACAACGAUCCAUAACCCACCUGAAACCCCAACUUCAUCUCUAGAUCAAACGGAUUUUCUUCGGAAGAAUUCAAGAAUUUCUAGGGUUUCUCGAUGAUACACAGAGAGCUGUAAUCGUUUUGGGUUGUUUUUUUUUUUAAUUUUGUUUUCCAGUCAAUGCGUCAGAAGAAAACCGGCCUUCAGAUCGGAGAAGAACGAAGCUCUUCCGAUUCGAAAACCCCACAGUUUCAAUUUCAAGAAAACUCUAAUUUCAACGCCAACUACGUAUCAAGAAUCUCCCAGCUUCAAAUCCAAAUACCAACAAAUUAUAAUGAACAACGACCCAAUUUCAAGGAAAACGCAACCACCACAACAACUACCCUUCUUUCAAAUCCUCAGAAAAGACCUGUGGUUAUGAGUCCUCAACAGAAGACCUCACCCCAUCAUCAUCAUCACCACCAUCACCCCCAAAACCACCCUCGGAGAACUUCUCAUCACAAGUCUUUAGUUUGUUGUUCAUCUUCAGAAGCCCUUUUAGCCACCAAGACAAUUGCGCUGAAACUGUUGAAGUUUACUCACGUUAAGCUUUUUUGGAUUAAAGUCCCUUUCAGGGUUUUAAUCCUUCUCUUUUUGCCUUCAAUUUAUUACUUUUCCUUGAGCUAUCGAUCUUUUUAUCUCUACAUACUCUUUGUUGCUGCCUUCUGUUGCGUGCUUUUAUCUUCAUUUAAUAUUAAUAGUUUUCAUUCCACUAAUCUCCCUUCAUUCCGGCUAUUCGUUGCUCGAAAUUUUCCAAAUCUGAAGCUUUAUAAAUCAGAUAACGCAUCAAAAACACACCCACCAGUUGUUUGGUCAAUUGGGUCAAAGACCCGAUUAGAGGAAAGCACAAAUUCAGGCUUCUUGGUGAAGGUAUACAGCAAUGGGGAUGUCUAUGAGGGUGAGUUUUAUAAGGGAAAGUGUUCUGGAAGUGGGGUUUAUUACUACAAUUUGAAUGGAAGGUAUGAAGGUGAUUGGGUUGAUCAGAAAUAUGAUGGAUAUGGUGUUGAAACUUGGGCCAAAGGGAGCCGAUAUCGGGGACAAUAUAGGCAGGGACUGAGACAUGGUUAUGGAGUUUAUAGAUUUUACACUGGGGAUAUGUAUGCUGGAGAGUGGUUCAAAGGGCAGUGCCAUGGGUGUGGAGUUCAUACAUGUGAAGAUGGAAGCAAGUAUUCUGGGGAAUUCAAAGGAGGUAUCAAACAUGGUCUUGGCCACUACCAUUUCAGAAAUGGGGAUACAUAUGCUGGAGAGUAUUUUGCAGAUAAGAUGCAUGGGUUUGGUGUUUACCGUUUUGCAAAUGGACAUCGAUACGAGGGUGGUUGGCAUGAAGGAAGAAGACAAGGGUUUGGUAUGUAUACUUUCAGAAAUGGAGACACUCAAUCGGGUCAUUGGGAUAACGGGGUUUUGAGCAUUUCAACUUCUCGAGAUACGUUUCUUGCUGGAUCAACAUCUGUAUCUCAUGCCAAAGUCCUUAAAGCUGUUCAGGAAGCAAGACGUAUAGCUGAGAAAGCAGUUGGUGUAGCAAAUGUGGACGAGAGGGUGAACAGAGCCGUGACUGCCGCUAACCGGGCGGCCAAUGCAGCAAGAGUGGCGGCAGUUAAGGCGGUACAAAACCGAAUGCAUCAGCAUGACAAUGGUGAUGAUGAUCAUCUACCACCGCUAGACAUUGUCUGAUUCUAGUUCUCUACAAGUAACAAGUGGUGGUGGGUGGUGGCGGAAGGAGGUGGGUGCCGCCUGGAACCGCAAUCAGCUUAGGAUAUAUUGAAAAAGGAAGAAAAGUACUGAUUGAGGAGCAAGCAAAUGGUAUCCCCUCUUGCUUCUGGCUACAAAUAAGUAUAUGUUUAUAUAUGAUAUGCUGCUGCUGCUGCUGCUGCUACUAAAGGUGUUUGGUUUGUUUUUUUCUCUCUUUUUCAUGGUGUAACAUGAAAUCAACAUGGAUAUUUGAGGAAAGGGCUGAUGGCAGCAAAUCACUGCCAUAGCCACCAAGAUUCAUGAGAAUUAGGAAUAUGCCUUUUUUCUUCUUAUUGCCACUUUUGUUCAAAUGUAGAAUGUAUAUGUUUGUGUCAUUCAGAAAGAACUCAUCUACUUAGUUUUAUAUUGCUUCUAAUCCUUCUUUGUGGCUUUAUUGUGUAAGGUUUGCGUACAUCUUAUCUUUUUCGGUCU